AUGAAUGGAAACAUGGAUAUUUGUUGCACCCUUUAUGAAUCAGCAAAACAAAAACAUUUCGUCUCUAUCUUGGGUAAUAAAAAAAAAGCGAAAAUAUCAAAUAAAGAUGAUGAAUCAAUUGAAAUGUUAUAUUCAAAAUCAUGUCUUGAUUUAAAUAUGGAUAUGGAAACAAAAAAUCGAUCAAGUGUUGAACAUGUUUUUAAUAUAUCAUCAAUUAUAUUUGAAAAAUAUACAAAAAUAUUUAUUGAAAUAUUUGGUGGAAAUCAAUAUAAAUUAAUUUAUUCUGAUUAUCAAUAUGAAAGAACAUCAAAUCAAGUAAAUCCUAAAUUAAAUACAAAAAAUAAAUAA